CGUAAUUCUUUGGUUCUUGAAAUUCUCAGAAAUCCCACAAAUUCUCAGAAAUCCCACUUGCAGUUGUAUAUAAGACGGUGCAUGCUCUCUCGUAAAUUCAGUCUUGUCCAAUCUUCUACGGAAAACAGCGCGCCCAAGAGACACAAUUCUGCACAGCGAAUUGUGACGUCUCAGACGACUGGUGAUGAUGGGGAUGGGGACGAUGAGGAUGUUGUUGAUGAUGAUGACGAUGACGAUGGGGGUGAAGAUAUUCCUCGCCAUGGCGGAUGUUAGCAGACAGGACAUUGCAAAGGCAGAGAAAAGAGUGAUGAGCCCAACGGAUGCCAAGGAAGACAUGAUGUUGGUCCUCGGGCCUCACAUGAACUGGCAGGAGAUGCUGAGCCCGGCCCCUCUGUCGGUGUGUCUCCUGGGUCAACUGGUGCUCGUCACACUGGACAAGGACGUCUCGCUGGUGUCAGAACACAUGGACAGAUCUGCUUUCAAAUAUACGAAGUACCCUGAUUCAUUGAGGACAAGCAUUGUUCAGGUCGCCAACCAGGGAUGGACAGCCUUCAACAGGGCCAACAAAAACAUGGACCAGAUCCGCCUUCUUACGCUGCAGAUACCUCGCCAUGUCAGGAACACUGUGAAGUUUAUCAUAAAAGGAUCUGAUGAGGAAAUACAAGAAGUGGUUCCGGAUAUUUUGGCUAACAUCAAGAGGAUAACUGAUACCUGCCUCGUAAAGGCAGAGGAAGUGGAAACACAGUUUUCUGACGUCAUGGAUUUGAUAGGCGAACUUCAAGAAGCCUGCACAUUUACAACGGGGAAGCAUGAUGAGAAGAUUAGCAAAGCUGAAAAAGACAUCAAAGUAAAAUCAUUGCGCAAGGCUGAAUUAGAAAAAAGAAAACAGCAAGCUGAAGAGGAGUACAAAGAAAUGAAACAUCUAUUUGGACAAGCUCAAGAGUCAUAUGAAAAUGCCAUGGACUCCAUGCCCUCUGGAUGGGAAAUGGUCGGAAUGGAUUUCGUGGAUGGACUAGGCAAAUCUUUUCUCUCAGCAGUACAGGGGGUCAUAGAUGUUUUCACAUUGAAAAUAUUUAGUAAUGGUGUCAAGGGUGAUAAGACAAGUGAAGUUGCCGCAAGUGUGCAUGCAAUAAAUGCUUCUGGUGGUUUGGACAUGGGUAAUAAGACAAUAUCAAAAACAGGAACGUCUGAGGAUGCACUCGCGUUGGAGCUUCCAAGAAUUGAUCUCUGCAUACAGAGCAUCCUGGAAAACUUUAACUUUCUUUCUGAGGGGAAAGAACUUAAGAAUCUGACUUUGGUCGAGUCGAUUUUUGAUGAUGUCAUCAGUUCUCUUGCAUCCUACACAGGAGUGGGUAGGAAGAGACUCGAUGGAAUCAAAGAGGAUGCGUCUCAACUGCUCCAGAUUUUGAAGCUAGCAAACAAGCAACUGUUAGGAGGGGGAAAACAACGAGAGAGAGCGAGGGUAAUGGCAGAUAGGUUGGAUGGAAAGAUGCAAGCUUUGACAAUGUUUUCUGGAAUAGCAUUUGGGGCAAAGCCAGUACUGAUGCCAACCCCAAAGAUGUCGUCUUAUGAGCAAGGACAAUCUGGAUCAGCCUCUUCAAGACAAAGUGCACAAGCCAGAUUUAUGGUUGAACAAGCUUCAUCUACCCUUGAGACUGUUAGGAAUGACUUCAAGGAAAAAAGCCAGAAGCUAGAGAAAGUCAGUGGAGACAUCGCAGCAGUUAUCACCGAGCUUGGGCGGAUCCAACUGGACAAGGUCAACUUUGACCAGAUCAAAGCCUUAUUGCAGAGAGGUAUCAAGGCUAUUGGUGAAGUCAGAACCCAGUGGGGAAAAUUGGUGCGAUUUUUCCAAACAAUAUCCAACAUUAUUAAGUGCAGCAUGAAUGAAAAUGUGAAGAAUUUUCUGCAAAGCUCUGAGAAGGGGAAAAAGCUUCGCCUGAAGUACACCAUGUCGGACAUGCUCAGAGAUAUGAUCUAUGUACAAGCCACCGAUGCCAACACCUUGGCCUACAUGGUUAACAACCUCGCUGAGAUGUAUGUUGAAGUCUCCCAGAAGCACCUGAUGGAUCAAGUUGCAAGUCUGGGCGAGUUGAUUGGACUGGAUCCAGUAAAGGACAGGGAGGUAAUAUCUCAAAAACAAGCAGACCUGGCAACACAAGCGAAAGCCGCCACUGCCUCAAUUGCUGUUCUAGUUCGACAGAAGCAGAAAGAAUUUGACACAAAGGUGAAGAGCAGAAUAGAGAGAAUUGAAACAGAGAUGAAAGCAGUUCUUCCUCCACCUGAGCCGACAAACCCAGAAAUGGAGAAGGAGAAGAACAAGGCCGUCAAAGAAGCUAAAGAGCUGAAGGCUAAACUAAUGGCAGAGGAUGUUGAUGACUGGGUGUGACUUCUUAUCAUUCACCUCACAACUGCAGGGUUCAAGGUGUGGACGAUACCACAUAGUCCUGCCUAGUUUAUCAUAGUAACCAAUAACCUCUGUAAACUAAUUUACACUACUGCCGUUUGCAAAGAAUUAAAUAUUAAGCAGUUGAAUGAUAUAAUGUAUGUGCUCCCAUCGAUGGAUAUAAAUUUGAAAAUAUUUGUCUAAACAAGGACGUUUGUCAUAGCUUGUGACUAUUCUCAUUAAAUUUCCGGCAUAUACGUACUGUUUCAACGCAGUCAUUUUAGUGAACUGUUAUAUAAAAACUUUUGUGACAAUAACUCCAAAUCGAAAAAAAAAGCUUUGAACUUUAUAUUGUUGUUAUAUGUAUGGUCUCCUUCCUAAAUAAACUGCUUCUUGAA